UCUGCAGGAUGCGAGCUGCAGCUGAGGUUGGGAUCUUCAGCGGAUUUCUGGACAGCUUCGCCUCCACGGGGGGCGCUCGUUUCGUUCUCCCCCCGGCCGGCGCGGUGGACUACAACUCGGCGAGCGGACUCGUGAUGAUGGGGGGCUCGGCGGGGCAGCACCUGAUGUCAUCCGAACGCCUGUCCCGGAGCUUGGCGGACCUCAGCCACCUGAAGGGGAUUCUGCGGCGGCGGCAGCUCUACUGCAGGACCGGCUUCCACCUGGAGAUCCACCCCGAUGGCACCGUGCAGGGAACCAGGAAGGACCACAGCAGAUUCGGUAUUUUGGAGUUCAUCAGUCUGGCUGUGGGAUUGGUCAGCAUCAGAGGUGUGGACAGUGGCCUUUACCUCGCCAUGAACAGCAAGGGGGAACUGUAUGGCUCGGAGAAGCUGUCGGCAGAAAGCGUUUUCCGAGAGCAAUUCGAAGAGAACUGGUACAACACCUACUCAUCCAACAUUUACAGGCACGGAGAAAAAGGAGCGUUUUACUUCGUCGCACUUAAUAAAGACGGCACACGGCGGGACGGCACGCGAUCGCGGCGGCAUCAGAGAUUCACGCACUUCCUGCCGAGGCCUGUAGAUCCAGACCGAGUACCAGAACUAUACAGGGAUAUACUGGGCCAGAGCUGAAGCUUAACCGACUGAACUAAAAAAGACUGCCCCUUUUUUUUAGCGGGCAAUGGAUGAUCCAAAAGUGAUCACAAGAAAUGCACCAGAUCCAAAUCCCGAAUUGCUGGUAGGAUAAACGACCCUCGUUGAACCAGUUUUACAAGGGAGUUUGACGGAAAAGCACCAGGGAUCUUCUGCGGAUGAUGCAACAGAAACAGACCCCCCCCCAUUAUCCCUUUAUUGGCAUAUGCAGUGGCGCCAGCAGCCAAGGCGGAUUUCCCUUGAGUCUCCAACUACCUGCUUGUCCAAAUCUGCAUGUUUAAGUGAACAAAGACAAAAUGAUUAACAAGCAGCUGCUUUGCCUUUUUCUGUUUCGUUGUAGGCUCUUUUCGGUGAUGCUAAACGCUGCUAAGUCAAACCACUUCUGAAAAAUGCAUCAUGUGCUAUACAGUAUUGCUGGUUUACAGAAAAAAAAAAAAAGGUAGUUUUAUGCACUGAAAAGCAGCCAUGUUUGCUCUGUACGGCGCUGAAUGCUGAUGCUAAAAUUUUUUAUUAAGGAAUAAGAGAAAACGAGGACUUUUUCUGUGGUGGAUGUGUUCCGUCUACUGAACUCUCAUCUGUAGGACCCAGUGAAGGAAGGGUGUUGUUUUUUCACUGGUUGCAGUUAAAUGAUGAGCACAGGAUUGACAAGGACUGCACAGACCUGUUGACAGAUUUUAAUCUUAUUUAUGAUGCUCUCAUUCAUGGGACGCACAGUAUAUUUAUUUCAUAUAUUUAUUUAUUUUGAGAAUAUAUUUUUACAGGUAUGACACAAAAUAAACCGAAAAACAUGACAGGUUUUCCCGUUGUUUUAAUUUGUGUGCGUGAUUUGCUAUUCUAGCCAUACUUGCCAACCCUCCCGGAUUUUCCGGGAGACUCCCGAAAUUCAGCGCCUCUCCCGAAAACCUCCCGGGACAAAUUUUCUCCCGAAAAUCUCCCGAAAUUCAGGCGGAGCUGGAAGCCACGCCCUCUCCAGCUCCAUGCGGACCUGAGUGACAUGUCAACAGCCUGCAUUCACGUCCACUUUCCCACAAUAUAAACAGCGUGCCUGCCCAGACACGUUAUAACUGUAGAAUGAUCGAGGGCGAAUUCUUGGUUUCUUAAGUGGGUUUAUUGUUAGGCAGUUUCAUUAACGUCCUCCCAGCGCGGUAACAACACACAACAACAGCAGUCAUGUUUUAUUCUACCGUAAAGCAGUUCGUCUGCCGUAAACAGCAAUGUUGUUGUAAUAUAUUGAGUUGGAGGCAAUAACCAGGCGAGGUGAUGAAGUACGUCUCUUUACUGUAGACUUCAGAACAGACUCACACACUUGACGUCAGGUGCGCAACACUACGUAAAUCGUUGGCCAACCAAAAAGUAACCCCAGUACGCUAUAGCCAACAUUCACCAGGAGACGGCAACA